CCGGUGUCAACGCGCUCUCGUCCGACAAGUCGGAGCUCGCAGCGGCCAAAGCGAAGCUCCAGGAGGAGACGACAAACCUCCUGGCGCGCGUAGCCGCCUUGGAAACGGCGAUGCAGACGCAGGAGACGAACGCCAAGUCCGACAUGCAGGCGCUCGAGACGCGGGCGGUCACGGCCGAAGCCGCUCAAGAAUCCAACGCGACGACGAUCCGGGAGCUGCAAACCACUAUCGAAGGACUCUCGACGAGCGCCCUCUUCAAGCGUACGCAAGAGCUCUCGAAACAAAUCCGGGACCUCGAGACACAGCUGCACCGACUUGGCCCUUGGAUCUAUGACAAGCGCUUUGCGCAUUAG